CGUCCGGGGCGGGCCCGGCCGUGACGCGCUCCCGGUUCCUGCGGGGCGAUGCCGGGGGAGGCGGUCACGCUGCAGCUCGGGCACUACUCGGGCUGCGUGGGCGCGCACUGGUGGGGGCUGCAGGCCGCCGCACUCCGCGGCCCCGCCGGGCCCGCCGAGCUCCGCGCGGCCGCGCUGCUCCGGUUCGGCCGCGGCCCCGGCGGCACCGAGACCCCCGCGCCGCGGCUGGUGGCGCUGGAGCUGAAAGGCGGCGUGGGCGCGCUCGGAGCCGCCGGGGCGGGCACGGAGCCGCCGGUGACCUGGGACGGCGCCGUCGCCGAUUACCGGGAGCGCGCGCCGCGGGACACCGGGAGCACCGGGAACACCGGGAGCACCGGGAACACCGGGAACACCGGGAGCCGCGGGGGAGACGCUGCCGGUGACGGGAAGGGGAAUCCCGGUGCUGCGGGGACAGCUGCAGCUCCUGUGGGCUCCCAGGACCCUCCCUCGGUGAGGCUCUGGUCCGAUUACCUCAACGUGCACCUGCACCCCAAGAGCGUCUACGUGAUCCGGCAGUACCUGCACGAUGGGGAUUGUGGUUGUCUCGAAGCCUUUGGGCAAGGUGAAAGUCUCCUGCAGGACCCUGCCUGCGUGGAGGAGUUGGAAGAUCGGCUGCAUUUCUAUGUUGAGGAGUGUGAUUACCUUCAGGGGUUUCAGGUCCUUUGUGACCUGCACAAUGGAUUCUCUGGAGUUGGUGCCAAGGUGACAGAGCUGCUCCACGAUGAAUAUUCACGGAAAGGGAUCCUGACCUGGGGCCUGACUCCAGUCCUGAGUCCUGUGGGAGACCUUCAGAAGAGUUUUCAGAGGCUGGUGAACACGGCCCUGGGCAUUGCCCACCUCUCCCGUCACAGCUCUCUCUUCUGCCCCCUGUCACUCAGUGGGAGUUUGGGAAUCAAGCCAGAACCUCCUGUGACCUUUCCAUACAUAAAAUACAACGCAUCCCUGAACUACCACAGCAGCUCGAUUUUGGCAGCAGCCCUGGACACCUUCACAGCUCCCUACAGGCUCUGCUCCUCCCAGGGCUCCAUGCUGCACUUUGCUGACUCCCUCACCUUCUCUGGGAGGAAGGUUGUGGCUGCGUGGGCAGCUCUUCCCUUCCCUGCCUUGUCGGGCUCCUCGCUCCCUGAUAUUUUAAGUGCCCACCAGGACGUGCCCUGGAAACUUCUGUCCUCGUGGAAGGAGCAAAAGGGCAGCUGCUGCUUUGCUCAGUCUGUUGUGCUACGAGGAAUUUGCCAAGAGAAAGCCACCAGGUCCCCCCUGCACAGCUGUGAGAGCCCUGAGCAGGUGCUCCAGCAGUACCUGCACACCCAAUUCCCCGGAGCCUUCAGCACAUCCCACGUGCUCCAGCAGCCCUGUCACACCCAACCUCCCUUCCCUCAGUUCUUCUCUCCUCUCCUGACCAGACGAGGCUUCCUCCUGGACAAAGCUCAGGGAAUUUCCUCAGCAGAUGUUGAGAGCAUUCCCGUGCUGGCAGCCCUGCAGAGCUCCCCUGGCCUGCACAGGCUGCUCUGGGGGCUCUGCCGGGAGCUGCAGGCGCCCAACGUGAGGCACUGGAGCAGCUUCUGCACGGCUGGGCUGGAGCAGGACGACUUCCAGGAGGCCCUGGAGGAGAUAAAAACCCUGGCCCAGUGCUAUGAGACAGGAUUUGGAGCAGAUGGAUCCGAGGAUGAAGCAGAUUCAGAUUAACCCAGCUUUAUUUCCUGCCGUUAAGAUGACUCCCAAAAUAAAGGGAAUGGUUUUGGA